AUGGGCGAGAGAAUGGGGGCAGAGGAUGCUGACUAUUCUCGCCUAUCACAUGGGAUCGGUUGCCUAACGCUGAGGCCGCCGAAUCUAGAGCACAAAAACAGUGUCAGAAACAGCAUAAAAUCAGGUUCUUGCGAGUUCAAUAAUCCAACAGCAGACGUUAUGGCCAGAGAAUUUUUAGAUGUUGAGCAGCACUCCAAUAAACAGGUCCUCUCAGGGCUCCAAACCCGAACGUCGCACAAACCCUUGGCGGACUUGAAAAAUGAAAACUACCAUCUAAAAUUGGAGCUUACACAGCAGCGCCAGGAGCUCGACCUACUCUUACAGAGAAUUAAGAAGCUCGAGGUGCAAGCGGAAGCCAAUACUCUUGAAUGGCCAGUGGUCAAGUCGACACUCCCGCCCUUGCCAUAUCCGGCCGGGAAGGAGAACGUGAUUGAGCACGAAGAUGGACGUAUGCAGGCAAGCGAGUCUCUGGCUUCAGCACAGCACUCUUCGCUAGUGGAUUACGAAAUAGCUACUCAUUUCUCGGGGUCACCAUAUAAAAGCAACAGUGAGAAUAUCCAGCAAGACGCAGAUUCGCACGCCAGUUCAUCUGUCGUUGGACUGCAUCGCAACAAGAAGUUCUUCAAAAGUUCAGUGAUACCUUUUCUCCAAAAGAGCAUAGAUACGUUCCAGCAUAGCGACGUUUUCGGAGACGACACGCCGAUUUUACAACACAAGCUGGAUGCCUUCAAAAAUGGCAAGUGUACAGGAACAGCCAAAGUGAGGUCGAUGAUCGAGAUUUUAGAUGGCAUCAAUCAUUUCCAACAACAGUGCGUCGCGGUACUAAAUAGAGAACUAGAAAAUAGGAAGGUCUCGUCUGGGCUGGAAAACUUGUUUGGUCGAUACUCUGGUUCUCAGGGAAAAAGCCCAAAUUGUGACAACGACCCAAAGCAUCAGAUUCUAAGCCAGUGGUCAGAACCUUCUGGGACAGGCGCUCGGCAACAGAAAUACGAGGGCUCACCAACGCACCUCUCGCUCAAGAAAUUUCCGCAGUCUUCUGCAUUAAUUGCGGGAAAACCAGUAAGUCACCCAGAAUAUCCUUCCAAACCGCCCGUACUGCCUCCAGCUCCAUUUUUCGAAGUUAAGUCAUCGGGUAAACCGUGGGAAAAAUAUUCCACAACGCCUAAGAGAGCCAUUGAAAAACCUCAAAUGUCUCUUGAAGUACUUCCAAAAGAACCGUGCAGAAUUUCUAAAGUGACAGCACAUAAUAGUGAAUCGGCGCAUGACACUGAGGACUCUCGACCAAGAUACCAUCGUGACCAGUUGGAAUUCAUUCCCAUCGGCUUUGACGAACAUCUGCUUUCCACAAUAACGUCUGAUCGACACUUCACCAUCGGCGAAGAGCAGGGGGUGUCGGCGCGAUUGACGCCGUUUGCGAGAGCUGCUCAAGAAACUGAAGAGAACGAUUACGAUUCAUUACAGGCGUAUUUCGCUGAGUUUUUUGGCGAUUCCCUCGACCAAGAGAUCUCACGAUCUACAGGUACCAACAUGUCCGAAUUUGGAGGUUAA